CAGCCCGGCGUCCUGCCACGUUUCCUGCAGCGCAGCGGCUCCCAUUGGCUGGGGCUCCGGGGGGGCCCAGCCAAUCGGGCCCGAGGGGUAGUGCUUUCUGGGCUGGGACCCCCGAGACUCCGCAGCAAGGGCCACCCCCGACGGAACCACAGGCACAGCUGACCCAGCGACCAGCCGACGUCUGCUGAGCGCCGGACAGCGCCGCCUUCGCCGAUGCUGGGUGGUGAGUGCCCAAAGCCCUGCAAGGGGAAAUGGCCAACGCCGCCUUUCGACCCGCGCUUCCCCAAUCAGAACCAGACCCGCAACUGCUACCAGAACUUCCUGGACUACCAUCGCUGCAUCAAGACCAUGAACCGCCGCGGGAAGAGCACACAGCCCUGCGAGUACUACUUCCGCGUGUACCACUCGCUGUGCCCCAUCAGCUGGGUGCAGCGCUGGAAAGAGCAGAUCAAGGACGGGACUUUCGCUGGGAAAAUCUAACGGUCUGAACUCGGCUUCUCCUCCGAAGAAUCAGCCCCAGUGACAUUCCCCGCCCCAUCCUCUCAUCUCCCGGAAAAUGGGCCCCACCGCCCCAAACCUCACCCCGCUCCGCCCCGUCUUUAAGCCUCAAAUAAAGCGGUGUUACUGUUGGUA